UUCCAGAUUUCGCUGUAUAUAACAGAAGUUAGAAUUGUCAUAUUAGUUAAUGAUGACUGAAAUUGAAGAAUCGGAAAACUUAAAUGCGAACAAACCAUCUAUACGUACAAAUCUGGUACAUACUGCUGUCACUUUCCUUAUGAAUCCAGAAGUUAUUAACAGACCUGAUUUUAAAAAAAUUGCAUUUUUGAAGAAGAAAGGCUUAACAGAUGAAGAGAUAACUGAAGCAUUUAAGCAAGCACAAAAUGACCCAGAUUACAUUAACAACAAUGUAAAAGGAAGUGUGGUUGAAAACAGAUUGGUACCUCCUCCUCUGCCUUAUGUUCCUUCAAAGCCUUCACUCUUUAUGAGAAUAAGUAACCUUAGCUCUUCCCUCAUUAUUUUAGGAGUUGCUUUGUAUGGCCUUCACAGAUUUUAUGUUCUAUACAUUGAACCUUGGCUAUUUGGUAAAACGUCCCCCCAAAAUAAAUUGAAUCAAAUGGAACAGCAGUUUUCUGAAAUGAAUCAUUCCUUAUCUGACUUAAAAAAGACUGUGUCAGCAUUGGAAGAAACCAUUAAUCAGCAGAAAAUUCAGUUAGAAAGAUAUUUGCAAAAUGAGGUGAAUGAAUAUAUGCCCACCCCAAUGGCUUUAAAGGAUUUGAAGGCUGAAGUUGGUUGUGUUAAAUCAUUAUUACUGAACAGGCACCAAUUUCCUGCUGUUCCAAAAGUAUCCUCGCCUUCCAUACCAGUAUGGCAACUUGCUAGCCUUGAAAAUGGAGAGACAAAGACUGAAGUGUCAACAAAUGAAACACAAGCUGAAAAUAAUAAAGCUGAGAUUGAAGUGUCCCCGAGUCUUGAAAACUCAAAGUUAUUAAAUGGAACGUCAUUAAAUGAUAAUGAUAGUCACUCUGGACCCCAAGUAAUGUCAGAAAGUUUGGUUGCCGAAGAAAGAACAUAGUUGUUUUCUUUAAUUCAAAGUAUGUUUAAGUGAUAUAGUUAAACUAUAUGUAACAUUAUUCACUAAUUAUUUUAAUUUUAAAAGUAUUGUAAUUUGACAUUUUCAUCGAUAUUUUCUUGAUCAAUGUAUUUUAAUGUGUAAUGAAACAUAUUUUCUCAAGAAUUAUAGAACAACAAACAUCUCAUUAGAGAUGCACCGAAUACCAUAUUUUACCGAAUAUUUGGUUAAAAUUGUAACCGGACAUUCAGCCAAUUACCAAAUAUUUAGUUAAAAAUUUUAGACUUCAAUACUUUAUUUUAUUUUAUGCCAAUUCAAAACACCAAAUGCUUAAUUUAUUUUGGGUCUUUUGUAAAAUAUGAAUUCAUUUCGAUUUAGUACCCUAAAUAUAUUUACAUGAAGUACAAUUAUUAAUUUAAAAUAAAUCAUUCCAGAAGCAAAUCAAUCCUUAGAGGUAAACUUUGUUGAGUUCAACCCCCCCCCCCCCUUUCCCCCAAAAAAUCUUUGAUUUAGAUUUUUGGUAGCGUAAAUAGCAGUCAUGUAUAAUCCCCUAAUUGUGAUGUAUCACAGUUUACCUCAAAGGCACUGAAAUUGCUAAUAUGGAUUAAGUUUAUAUGAAAUCUUGCAUAAAUUGUUUAUCAGUUUCUUUUUUUUUUUUUUUUUGUUAUAUGGUUUCAUCACUAAUAAAGUCAUGGCAACACUUAUAGAUAAAAAGUCUUAUAUUUUUUUAUGAGCAGUUCUCAAAAGGUGGGAGCAAACACAGACCUCAACUUUGAAGCUUCAACACCAAAUAACUUCCAUUUUAAUUAACUCAAAAGUUUUUGAGUUAAAUUAUAAUACUGUAUAGAGACAAGAAUUGACAUAAAUUAUGGAAAAAAUGAUCUUCAA